UGUAUUUUUGACGAGAAAACGUGUCAACCAUUGGAUCAAUCUUUUUAAAAAAAACUCAAUCUACUUCUCUCUUCAGCAUAAAAUGCCUAAAAAAGUGGUAAUUACAGUGAAAGAAGGCAAAAUAAGCGGAUUCAUCGCAAAAUCUAAUUAUUCUAAAACAGAAUAUUACUCAUUUCUCGGUGUGCCUUAUGGACAAUCAACUGUUGGACCAGCUCGUUUCAAAGAUCCAGUUAAAGUGAAACCUUGGAAUGGUAUUCUGGAUUGCACGAUAGAAAAAGAAGGCUGUGAACAAUUCUCAUUACGUAAACGAAAUUUCAGUGGUGACGAAGACUGUUUAUAUAACAACAUUCACACACCAAGAAUACAUGUGAAAGGAGAUCCUUUGAAAGCAGUCGUAUUUAAUAUCCAUCCUGGAGGAUUUUCUCACGGAUCACCGGAUCCUUGGUGCUAUGGAUCGCCAGAAUUUGUUAUGAAUCGUGAUAUCGUGUACGUCUGUGUGGGAUACAGAUUGCACAUAUUAGGACAUUUAAAUCUAGGUCUGAAAGAAUGCUCGGGAAAUCAGUCGGUAAAAGAUAUAAUCUUAAGUUUGAAAUGGAUAAAAGAUAACAUACAUAAUUUCGGAGGUGACCCUCAAAAUAUCACAAUACUUGGAAGUAGUAGUGGCUCAGCACUAGUGCACAGUUUGUUAUUGUCACCGGUAGCAAAAGGUUUAUAUCACAAAGCGAUCCUCAUGGGCAUGUACGCCUUCAAUCCAUUACUAGUGACAAUCGACGAAAAUGCAACUGCAGCUUACGAAUUAGCAAAACAAAUAGGUUACAAAGGAACAGCGGAUGACAAAAAGAAGCUAUUAUCUUAUUAUAAAAGACUAUCGCUGAGAAAUCUAUUACUGGCCAGACCCCAUGCAUUUUUCAACCAAAGUACCCUACCAAUAUUUCCGACUUCGCCAUUUAUACCAAUGAGUGACUCGGGAGAGAACUCUGUGACACCUUUAUCGCCUGAAAAACUGAUUCCUUCAACUAACAGAGUCCCAAUCAUGAUUGGAUUUUGUGAAAGAGAAGCAGCUAUGGCGUUUGUUCGUCAACUGAAACACAACUUAUCUAAAAAUUUCCGAACAGCAAUUCGUCAAAAUGCUUGGGGAUGGGGAGCUCAUUUGAACGACGAUGAACUGAAGCACAUCUAUACCCAAGUGGAAUCCUUUUACACGGAUAAUCAUCCCAUAGAAACGGCAUCUCCGUCGAUUAAAUGUGAUGUUUUGACGGAUAUUGCACUAUCUGACGUUUACGAUUCAUUGAUCAAUAUAAUUGCAGCAGAUCUACCCGACUCGGUAUUUGUUUACAAGUUUCAAUUCGAGGGUAAUGCGGGUACGAUGAAAGAUCGAAUUUAUCAGAUGAUGGAUGAGCCAUUAGAAGGAACAUACCACGCAUCUGAUUUUAGUUACUGGAAUCACAUGACAGAUCACUGGGAUGGCAAGAUAACUGUACUGACUCCAAAAACUCGCGAAAAAGUCGAAUUAAUGACUAAUCUCAUCAGUUCUUUUGCCAAAACUGGGUAUAAAAUACCAUACGACAACCCUAAUUAUGAAACCUUGCCGGUAAACUGGAAGCCGUCAACCAAAGAUCAUCCAUGCUACUUGAAUAUAAAUGAAACUCUAGAAGUGAAAGAUGAAUUACUCAAUGGUGAGAGAAUGGAGUUUUGGCACGAUUUGAAAAAACAAUUUAAAAGAGAUCAUUUCUUGUCAUAAUGUUAAAAUAAUAUACCGACUAAAAUGCUUU